GUUAAUAUCUUUUCCACCAACACUAAAAGCUGUCAAACACACAUCCUCUCACCUGGUUUCCCCUGGGCUGCAUUGAGAGCAGCAUUCUCUCUUUUCCCCGUGGUGGCAUGACACUCACAGAGGAUGGCAGUGUCUCUCUGUUUGCAAGGAGUCUUGUAGAAAAACCUGAACGCAUCUGAAUAUUUCUGCCAGCCGCGUGUAAAGCAGCCUUGUAAUGUGGUAUUUCAGGUUACACCUAUAAAUACGAUCAUGUCUGGACGCUGAUGUGGAAGUGAGUCACACAAACAUAUGUAGGUAUUUAUUUGUUACCUGGUUUGACAGAUUAAAGAGAUGUUUGGUUGCUAUGGCAACACACAACCUAGAUGGUGUUGUGGUAAAAAUGUUCACAGACUUGUGCUGCUUUAUGUUUAAUUGACCCAUUGGUCUGUAACUGGAAGUCAACAGAGGAACUGAGUGUCCAUUGUUGUUUCACAAAAGCUCUUUCAGACCUACUUUCAGUUUUAUCAUCUCCUUGAUUCCUCUGAGUCCUAAUAAUUCCUCUGUCUGCAUUUUAGCUUGAAGCACACACUUUGUUCUUGGCGUGUCUCAUGAGUAGUUGUGUGUCAGGUCAAAGUUCACCCAAACAUGCCGGCUGAGAGGCUGGGUGAGGAUUUCCGGACCUCUCAGUUUUGUCACCCAGGAUCGGCAGACCUGCCUGCAUCACCUCCCAAGUACCCUUGUGGAUCAGGGAACCAUCAGCGUUCUCCGCGGGUGGUGAAGAAAGGUCCAACCAGCAGUUCAUGUCACGGCAAGCCCGCCAUCAGACCACGGCCUCAGCCUUCCUCCACCUCAGUCAGACCACUGACUGCUCAGAAGCCUCACGUGCCCCCUAAACCUGCGCACCUGUUGGCCCUCGGGCAAGACAAGAGACCCAAGAGGAUACCUCCAGCACCUUCCAGACCUCUGCCAGCUCCUCCUCCUCCACCUAAACCAAAGCCUUGCCUCCAUCUUCCUGCCCUGGGAGCACAGCUGCAGAGAGAGGCUCAGAAGGUUGGACAGCUCAUAGAAAAGUUUGAGAACUCCAGGGUCCCCAUCCUGGGGGUGCUCCCACGGCCACAGCUGCAUCUGUGCCUGAGAAUGGACACUGCCUCUGACCUUUCCCUCUCCUGCGGCCUGGACACCCCAGCCAAGGUUGCAGGAGACUCCUCUCCUGUGAACAAACUCACAUUUGGCUCCUCUGACGGAGUGGCAGAGCUUUCGCAUCUGGCGUCCAUGCACAUCGACGGACCAGGUGAUGGAGUGCCAAACAGCUACAUCACGGACAGUUGCCUUGACAGCAGGGACCAAGAAGGCGGCUCUCACAAAUUCAUGGACAGUUCCGACACCUCACAGCAGAACGGGAAGAUUCCCAACAGGGACAGCGGCAUUGACAGUCCGUCUUGCGCCGCAGAAGGGGAGGUGUUCCCAAAUGAGGAUGCCAUCGAUGAGGAGGAUCAUUACGAUAGCAUCACAGAAACAGAGAGCGUUUCUUGCUGCAUUGCUGUGUACAAUAAGCGAGACUCAACACAAGAUGAGGACAGCGACUUAGACGAGGGCAGCAGUGGGGAGAUACCCUCCCUCACAGACACACAGACUGGAUAUGACACAAACUCAGAGGCACACAAAUGCUCACGAACCCAGAAGCUGCUGAACAUCGCCAAAGAGCUUCUCCACACUGAAGAGGCCUACAUAAAGAGACUCCACCUCUUGGACCAGGUAUUUUGCACUAAGCUGACAGAGUCUGGAAUCCCUCAGGACGUCAUCACGGGGAUCUUCUCCAACAUCUCCUCUAUCUACUGCUUCCACGAUAAGUUUCUGCUCCCAGAGCUCAAGACGCGGAUUACUGGAGAAUGGGACUCAAACCCUCGGAUCGGAGACAUCCUGCAGAAACUGGCCCCGUUCAUGAAGAUGUAUGGAGAAUAUGUGAAGAACUUUGACCGGGCCAUGGACCUGGUCAACACCUGGAAUCAGAGGUCUUCACAGUUCAAGAGCGUGGUCCAGAACAUUCAGAAACAGGAUGUGUGUGGGAACCUGACGCUGCAGCACCACAUGCUGGAGCCGGUCCAGAGGAUCCCCCGUUACGAGAUGCUGCUCAAAGACUACCUGAAGAAGCUGCCCGAUGAAGCUCUCGACCGCAAAGAUGCAGAAAAGGCCCUGGAGCUGAUCUCUACUGCAGCCAACCACUCCAAUGCAGCAAUCAGAAAAAUGGAGAAGAUGCACAAGCUGUUGGAGGUUUACGAGAGGCUUGGAGGAGAGGAGGACAUCGUAAACCCGGCCAAUGAGCUCAUUAAAGAAGGACUUAUCAAGAAAAUGUCGGCUAAAAAUGGAACAGCACAAGACCGAUACCUCUACUUGUUCAACAACAUGGUGCUUUACUGUGUGCCCAAACUGAGACUGAUGGGACAGAAGUUUAGUGUCAGAGAGAGGAUUGACAUUGCAGGCAUGGAGGUUCAGGAAAACGUGAAGCACAACCUCCCUUUCACAUUCGCCAUCAUCGGUAAACAGCGUUCACUAGAGCUGCAGGCCAGGACAGCCGAGGAAAAAGAAGACUGGAUUCAGGUGAUCAAGUCCACGAUCGAACGCCACAAACAAAACAGUGAAACCUUCAACAAAGCCUUCAGCAGCUCCUUCUCCCGUGAAGACGACCAUGUGCCAGACUCACCGGGUGCCUGGGCCAACACUUCAAUCGACUCUGAUGGUGAAAGACUACAAGAGCGGAAGAGUUCCAGGAAAAAGGAUAAAGAGAAACAAACGUGCAAGGGCUGCAGCGAGAGCUUCAACUUCACCAAGCGCAAGCAUCACUGCAAGUCCUGCGGAGCGGCCAUCUGUGCAAAGUGUUCAAAGACCUUGGACAACAAAACCAGCCGAGUGUGCCCCGAGUGUUUUGAAGCCAGCCUCAGCCUGGAGAAUCUGUGUGGGGGUGAGCAGAAGAGAAGACCUGCAGCUGAGAAGCAGACGUCCUUGACAGGGGAGAGCUGCCUGCUGUGUGGCUACCUUCAGGUGCAGGAGAAGGGAAAGGCUUGGAGCAAGAUGUGGGUGGCUGUGACCAAGACUGAGCCACAGGUGCUGCACUUGCAAAGCAGUGGACAGGAUAUCAAGGGCUCCCAAGCAGUACCUUUACCUGGGUGUGAGGUGGUAUCGGUGCCGUCGACAACAGCCGACAAAUCAGAGCUCAAGCACCUGUUCAGGCUCAGUACCACCCAGCUGACUUUGUUCUUAAGUGCCCAAGAUGCAGAACUUCAGGCCAAGUGGGUGGAAGUGCUCUCCAGAGCAGCUGGAGGAGAGUCCGCUGCAGAAGCAUCGAUGAGUCUGACUGAAGACAGGAAGAGCCAGUAGUGAUCGCACUGGAGCCAAAGGACUCACCACCCCCCCCUCUCCUGUGUAAAGAGCACACAUUACUUGAAUUCACUUUACAUCGGCACUUUCCCCAAUUUAGAAGGAUCACCCAGUCCUCCCUAGGCUUCCUCAGUCUCAUCCUCAAGAGCACACAACUACAUCAUCAU